AUGCAAAUGAGAGGCUAUAAGUAAGACGGCACGGGGCGGGAGUGGCGCGGAGCUGUUGGAGGUGAGAGGCGCUGGCUGAAUCUACCCGGUCGCGCCAUGGCGCCCUCCUUCCGGCCCAGCAAGGGCCGCUCGCCCCGGGGGGACGAGGACGGCACGGAGGCCAGGGCCGACAGGAGGACGAGGAAGCCGCUUGUGGAGAAGAAGCGCCGGGCGCGGAUCAACGAGAGUCUGCAGGAGCUGCGGCUGCUGCUGGCCGACAGCGAGUUUCAGGCGAAGCUGGAGAACGCGGAGGUGCUGGAGCUGACGGUGCGGCGGGUGCAGGCCGUGCUGGAGCGCCGCUCCCUCGGUGAGUGCCGGCAGGGCGGCGGCGGGGGAAGGCCGGCCCGAGCCGCGCCUCACCCCGCUCCCCUCUCUGUCUCCUGCGGCGCAGAGGGCGGGCGGCUGCAUCGCGAAGCCAGCGAGCGCUUCGCCGCCGGCUACAUCCAGUGCAUGCACGAGGUGCACACCUUCGUCUCCAGCUGUCCCGGCAUCGACGCCACCACGGCCGCUGAGCUGCUCAACCACCUGCUGGAGUCCAUGCCCCUCAACGAAGGCAGCUUCCCGGACUUGAUCGCGGACGUUUUGGCCGAUCCCACCCUCGGCCCCUGGCCCAGCAGCGAGGCGCUGGCCUCGGUGGCCGAGGCCUCCUCCCUCUGCCUGGCUCUCCCAGCCUCAGCACCCUCGCCUUCCCCCAGCGAAGAGACCUGCUCCGACUCGGAAGAGGCGGAGGCCGAGCCGGGCCAGACCUCCACCGAUGGACUAGACUCUUCCCAGACGCACAGCCUGCCUUCGCCUAGCUUACCCAAAUCCAUGUGGAGACCCUGGUAACGGAGCAGCGCGCGGGAGUCAACGCAGAGCUACCUACCUAGCGGGAGGACAGCCGGCCCCCGCUCCCUGGCAGCCCUGCCAGCAGCGUGGGGCACCACCGGCCUCUGUGCGGCUGGCAGCGCUGUGCUCGGGCCUGCGUCCAUGGCACUCUUAUACUGUCACACCCUGACAGGCUAAUAGCUAAGGCUUAACAUUUCAUCUGUGUGUAUGUGCGUGCGUGUGUGGUAUUUUGUAACUCCAGGGGUUGUUUUUAUGAGAGGUUGGGGAUGGGGGAAGGGAGGAGUGGGUUGGCUUCUAGUAGCAAAGCUCCUUGGUGGAUACACAGCAGUUAUUUUAUAACCCUGUCUCUUUCUUUUGGCCCUUAUAAGUGGCCUGAAUAUCACUACCUUUUUCUUCUAAGAAAAAGCCCUUGUGCAUUUUAAAUUGUAAUGGUUAACUCCAUGAGAAGCUUGAGUUGGGUCUGCAUGCACAGUUUUAAGUGUUCUAGUGAUAGCAAAGAUCCCUGAAAGGGGUUGGUGUGGUUAGCAUCUGUACGCAGUAGUCUAGAGUUGCACCUUCAGUGAAGGAAAAGAAAACUAGAAACCUGGUGGAAUUAGUCAAAGGUUUAAAAGAUAUUGGUGGCAGGGUGCCUUUUAGAAAUGAGUGGCUUUAUGCACAUUUUGCUUUUAGCACAUCUGAGUUUAUUGUGACUUUUUGUAUAUUAGGGUGUCAAAUGUUUUUUUUAUUUUUAAUCUUUAAUAAAAUAAUACCGAAUUCACCAUUGAUUGCAUGUAUUGUGGAGUGGGAUGCACUUCUAACCCAUUAGAAAUACACUUCCCUAUUGUUAACGAUUAACAAACAUGUAUAUAGUGUGGAAACAAUGCUGGUAAUUAAGCACUUAAUUCUUGUACUAAGCAUUGUUAGCUCAAGUAUUGGGAUUCAAAUGUUCCUUUUGUUUAAAACUAGAAGUUAUUGCAGUGAGCAAAGUCAUACUGGUGUAAGGUUGAUAUAUUAGGCCACAGAUUUCUGGGCUGGUUUAUCUGGAGGCCCAUCUCGAACCUACUCUACUUGAUCUGCCCUCUGAAGGUAUUUCCAUAUGGAUACAGCCCUAACUUCAGAAAUGGUAGGCAAAUCCUGUCCUGGGGCAUGACUUCAUGGGGGGUGUGG